CCGGGGCGCACGGCUUGUGAACGGCCGGCCGGUCCAGCUGCACUCUCUUCUCUCUGCUGCUGCUGCCUCGGGGGGAAUUAAAUUAUUUCAAAACAAGAGGAGGUGUACUGUUGAACAAAAGGGAGGCUGACAGAGAGAGAGGGGGCGAGAGAUGAUGACGACCGAGUUUUGGGACCCGCUGUAAGGACAGGAAGGAGGCGAGAUGGCAGUGCAUGUUUUCAAAUGCCUGCGCCGGCCCGGGCGCUAGAAGAACCAACAGGGGUUUGUGGUUUGUGUGUGUGAGUGAGAGGUGUGUGAGUGUGUAGGGCCGCCCCGUGUUUUGAGAGGAGAGUUAUGGAAUAUGAGGAGCCCGACGUGCCCCCCGCUGACAGCCCCAUCAAAAGAGGAGGAGCCGUGUCCAAGAAGACUCAUCUGACCCAGAUUGAAGUUAUCCCAUGUAAGAUCUGCGGUGAUAAGUCCUCUGGAGUGCAUUAUGGAGUCAUCACUUGUGAGGGCUGCAAGGGAUUUUUUCGGCGCAGCCAGCUGCCUACUGUAUCGUACUCCUGCUCCAGGCAGAACAACUGUCAGAUUGAUCGGGCCAGCCGCAACCGCUGCCAGCACUGCCGUCUGCAGAAGUGCUUAGCACAGGGCAUGAGCAGAGAUGCUGUGAAGUUUGGACGGAUGUCCAAACGUCAACGGGACUCUCUGAUCGCUGAAGUGGAGAGGCACCGACAACAGCAGCAGCAGCAGCAGCAGCUUCAGGGAGACGCCCAGUCUCUCUUGUCCUUCCCCAGCAAAGCCCGUCAGGACCGCUCCCCACAGCUCCUUCAGCCCAUGGCCGCAGCCUACUCCUUCAACGGGGACACUGAGCUGCUGUCCUACACCGCUGAAGUUCACCCUUACUUGGUGUGCUCCCCGAGCGAGUCGCAGGUGUCGGGAAUGAUCUACAGAGGCUCUGGUGUGUCUCCCACAUCGAGAUCCCAGGGGAGAGGGGACAACAGUGGACACCCUGACAUAAGAGGCUUUGACUCCAGACAGCCAUCUCAUGACCUGGUGGCGAUUCAUCCCUGCAACCCUCUGGAGGAUCCGUACAGCCUCUACCCUCACUCUCUGAGAAACAUAGAUGAGCUGUGUGCCAGCAUUGUGCGCUCCCACAGAGAGACCAGCCAGUACAGAGUGGAGGAGCUGCAGGCUCUCAGAUGGAAACUGCUCAGCAGAGAUGAGAUCCAAGCCUACCAGAGCAAAUCGGUGGACGAGAUGUGGCAGCACUGCGCCAUCCGACUGACCGAUGCUGUGCAGUAUGUGGUGGAGUUUGCAAAACACAUCCCAGGCUUCCGUAUGCUGAGCCAGAACGACCAGAUUGCUCUCCUGAAGACUGGCUCCAUGGAAGUGGUUCUGGUCAGAAUGAGCCGCUACUUCAACACGGAGAACAACACCGUCUUCUUCGAUGGCAAAUUCGCCGGUGCUGAAGUCUUCAAGUCUUUGGCAUGUGGAGAUUUAAUUGCAGCAGUGUUUGACUUUGCUCACGGUAUGUGUGCUCUAAAGCUGACUGAGCAGCAGAUUGCUCUCUUCAGCGCUCUGGUGCUGAUCAACACAGAUCGUCCAUGUCUGGAGGACAGAGGCAGAGUUCAGCGAGUGCAAAGGAGCGUUGAGUUUGGACUCACACACAUUCUACACCGAGACAACCAAGAAAGUCUAAUGCACAAGUUGUACCAGAGGAUGGCAGUGUUGCGUUCACUGUGCAGUCUGCACAUGGAGAAGCUGCACUGGUUCAGUCAGCGUUAUCCACUCACCGCUCACUCUCUGUUCCCUCCACUCUACAAGGAGCUGUUCGCCUCUGAGGCAGAGCUGCUGCCAGGGACCACUCACUGAUGAUUCUCUCGAAUAUGCAAAGACACAUACACACCUACACACACACACACACACACACACACACGCACACACACACACACACACACACACACACACACACACACACACACACACACAUUAUUUUAAGUCUCAUCAUUACUUCCUAAUAGAAUCUAUUUUUCUAAUAAUGAAAUAUGAGAGAAGCACAAUAAUCGUAGCGUGUUAGGUAUAACAUGACUUCCAGCAGAGCUCUUUAUUAGAUUGUGUCAAACAUAAAUUUCAAUAUUUUGAUAGCUUAAAACUAUUUUUUGGUUAUUCCAGGGAAACAUGCAUUUUGUUGUUCUUUGACAGCACAUUGUCCGUGAGGUACAGCAUUCAUUUUCUCUCAGGAUGUGCUGUUAUGAGUUACAGUCACUGUGUGUCACAGUGCGUUCAGACACAAAGAUUCAAAGCAGCGUUAUACCAGUCGUUGUCAACUAAGACCUAAUAUGGUAGUCCACCCAAAAUCUGUCCUUAGAGCAUUCUCUGCUUGCACAGUGUUGACUGAUGUAUAUCCGUUUUACAAACUGCAUGUGUUUACUUCCUGUCAACUCUGCAACAUUACCCUCGUCUCUGACCACACUGCUUAUUCAUCCUAAAGUUAAUGACUUCACUUUUUACACUUAGCCUUAUAUGCUCUGUUAAUAGCAUUUACUGUUAGCAUUGUCGCCUCACAGCAAGAGGGUUCCUGGUUUAAACCCAGGGUGGGGGAGCCCCUCUGUGUAGAGUCCA